AGCAGAUCGUUGAGUUGGAAAACUCCGGUGUCUUAAUUAAUUAAUUAAUUAUCAAAGUCAUCGACAACGUAAGAAACGGCGAGUUUGACGAAGUAAAAAGAAGAGUUACAAAAGAUAGCAACAGAAAAAAUGGAUGCCUGGUUAACUGAUGUGAAACAAAUCCGUAUUCCAAGACCUAAAUACAACAAUGUUUCAGCAUCAUCGAGUCCCUGCAAAAUACCUCGAGAUGAACCGCCACGUGAUUACGACCUUGAUUUAACGAAAAACUGUCGUCAAGAAACACAAAAAGCACAAAUGGAUGCAGAAGACUUGCAACGAGCAUUCCAAGAAAAACUUUAAUUUCAUUUUUGUAUUCCAGUAAUCAUUUCGUCUUGCCACUUAGUCCUUACAAAGUAUCGAUAUUAAUUCAAUUAAUUUUAGGAUUUUCUACAUUUAUUUCAUGCAUUUUAAAUGAGAAAAGAUUUAAUUUCCCUAACACUUAAGCUUAAUAACAUUUCAUUGGCAUAUAAGAAUGAAGAAAAGAUAGAAACUGUGUAACAUUGUACAAAAAGAUAAGAAUAAAUAAACGGCUUAAGAAGAAAAUGUAUUAAAAUUGACAAACUUUCACUUUUAUAAAAAAGCAAAAGCUUUGAUUGCAGAAAUCUAGUACGUCAAAGCUUUUCACCCUCUUAAAGCUUUCUUCAAUAUUCAUCAAAAUAAUAUUCGCCCGAUUCAUCCAUUGCACGUCCCGACUCUUUCCAACGAUCUAACAUUGUUUCAUUAACAAAACUACUCCAAACCCAUUUUUGUGAAUUGAGAGUUUCGUCGCAUUUGUCGAAUUUUAGUGAUCGAUUUGCGAUAUCAGCUUGAAGACACAAUCGUCUGGCCACACUUAUGAUUUGUUUCGUUCUCAAAUCAUAUUUGAAAAUUUGAUUUCCACCCAACA